UUAAGAGUCUGUAUCAAACUAUAACUUCAAAUAGCCUUAUUAUUAUCCCCAAUUUCCAUCAAAUUAAACCUCUCCUCUUCCAUCUCCCUCCUUAUUAUUUGGGGAAAAUUUCAGGUUUUCCAGAGGAAGUGUCACUUUGCUCUUUCCUAGGAACAAUUUAUUUUUAUUUUUGGUUGCCUUUGAUUUUGCCAAACAAUGAAAAACAGACCACAAUAUGUGGUCUCUUUUAUUAUUUCUGAAACAAAUAAUGUGUUAAACACUUUUAGAAGAAUACUUCCCAGAAUCAUGAUCACCUUCAUCUUUUUCUUUUGUCUUUUAUACGUUUUUUACUCUCUAAUUUUCGUAAACCCUUCAUUCACGUCCACCCAAAAUCCUUUAGGUAUUUUUAUUAGAUUCAACGAAGAAAACCAGUCAGACACUAUCCAAACCCCAGAAAAAACUCAGCUCCACCAUAUUGUAUUUGGCAUUGGAUCGUCACGUACUACAUGGAAUUAUAGAAAAGAGUACGUAAAAUUAUGGUGGAAGCCAAAUAAAAUGCGAGGAUUUGUAUGGUUAGACAAGCCAACUAUGUCAAAGAAUAAUCCAAGCAGCCCGAGUAAUUACAACGUUACUUCUCUUCCAGAAAUCAAGAUUUCAAGCAACACAUCAAGGUUUAAGUACACUAACAAAAAGGGCGAUAGAUCAGGAAUUCGAAUAUCGCGAAUAAUAUCAGAAACAGUAAGGAUGGAUUUGAAAAACGUGAGAUGGUUUGUGAUGGGAGAUGAUGAUACAUUUUUUGUGCCAGAAAAUUUGGUUAGGGUAUUGAGGAAAUAUGAUCAUAAUCAGUAUUAUUAUAUAGGGAGUGUAUCGGAAACACAUUGGCAAAAUCAUGAGUUUUCAUAUAAUAUGGCAUAUGGAGGUGGAGGUUUUGCUAUAAGUUAUCCAUUGGCUAAGGCUCUUGAGAAAAUACAAGAUAAAUGCAUUGAGAAAUAUCCUCAUUUGUAUGGAUCAGAUGAUAGGAUUCAAGCUUGUUUGGCUGAACUUGGAGUUCCUCUCACCAAAGAAGUUGGAUUUCACCAGUUUGAUCUACAUGGUAGUGUGAUGGGCCUCCUCUCAGCCCAUCCAGUUGCACCACUAGUUUCUCUUCAUCAUCUUGAUAAAAUCCAGCCCAUCUUCCCCAAAUUAAGCCGAGUUGAAGCCCUGAGACGGCUCAACAAGCCCAUAAAACUGGACUCAGCUGGGCUCAUGCAACAGUCCAUAUGUUAUGACAGGCCCAGGGGAUGGACCAUUUCUGUCUCGUGGGGCUAUUCGGUCCAAAUAAAUAGGGGCAUCUUGCCGGCCCGUGAAAUGGAAAAGCCCAUUACAACUUUCAAUGAUUGGUAUGCAACUGGUGAUGAGAAUUCCUUCACAUUCAACACAAGAACAUAUCAUAAAAAUGCUUGCCAAAGACCAUUUUUCUACUUGUUGUCUAAUGCAUACGUGACAACCAAUCACACAACAAGCAAAUACGUGUACGAUGGGGCCCGUGCAUCGAAGUGCAAGUGGCGUAUGGCUGAUCCAUCCAACGUACGCCACGUGGAAGUGUACAAGAAGCCUAAUCCAAAUUUAUGGGACAAGUCUCCAAGAAGAAAUUGUUGCAGAGUUUUGCCAACAAGCAAGAAUGACACUCUUUUAGUAGAUGUGGGUGAAUGCAGAGAUGGUGAAACCAUCUAA